AUGGUUUUUCUCUACCUCAGUACUGUCGUCCCCUCCAUUUGGUUCCUGGAGCUGAAUCUGCUGGAGUCCAAGCUGGAGUCCAACGGUUCCUCCGUCAACGAUUCCUCCAGCCACGGUUCCUCCGGCCACGAGUUUCCCGCACUUGAUCACAUCCGCAUGCCAGAGGGCAUCAAGAACCUGGAGCCGGAGAACUGGGUGCAGGGGCUGGAGCAGACCAUGCUGAUCGUGCUGGUUCUGGGUCGCUGGCUGAUGCCCAAGGGGGACAUGUCACGUGACCAGCUCUCCCAGCUCCUCGUGAACUACGUAGGACUGGGGGCUGAUAUCCUGGACAUUUUGGACACCUUCAAGGAGCCCGAGAUCAAAAACAAGUGGCCUGUCGCCAUCGCGGGCCUGGCCCUUUUCUCCUGGGCGCUCAUGCAGUUUCCUCUGGUUCCCACACAGACCCAAUCCCCGAAGGGAGAGCCUCCCCAGGGGAGGGCUGGUGGUCCCACCUGCCUCUCCGGCGCUCCGGGGUCCUUUGCCUCAUGCUGCUCCAGUGAAGUGUGGAGCUUGUUGAUAACGGUCGGACUUCAAGACGGCCCGUUUCUGAUUUACCGCAUUUACCUGAUGGCGCAGGAGCGGGUGCUCAACCAGCUAAUGAUUUUCUUCACCUGCAAGAACAUCCUCAGCAUCGUCUUGGAGCUGUACAGGAUCUUGGUAGUGCAGUGCGAGCAGCAGGGAGCCGGAGCGCGGCCGGAAAGGCGUGCUGCUCGGGUGCUUCAGCGUCAAGCCCGGGAGGGCAGUGAGGAGGAGGAGGGGGUGGAGGAGGACGCAGGGAAAGAGGAAGAUUGUGGUGGGCAGAGCUGUCACGACGAUGUGGAGGGUGGGAGCCAUGAGGGGGGAAGAUCAGAGGCGUCCAGGUAA